GUUACCGUUGCCGUCGUGGUUUGCGUAAGGUCCCUAAUUUAAGAAACCUCCAGAAAAUUCUAUGUUUUGUCUACCGAAAUCAGAAGUUGUGAUAACAUUUACUAAAAUUGCCUACUGCCAAAUGUUGGUUGAAGGGUGAAUGAACAUAGCAUUAAAAUGGACUGCAAUACUUGAUAUUGGACUUCAAAAACCUAGACUACCAAUCGUUCCAUUUUUGCCUGAUUUUCUGGUCUAGAAGACAACGCGCUCAUACAAAACCUUCUAGCGCACUGUAAUUCUUGUCUGAGUCAUUUGGGGGGUCUCUAGUGAUGUAAUCUAUUUUUAGAAACUGUGCGCGACGCUAUUAGCUUCCAGUUUACAUCCCAGACGCUGCUUUGGAGAUAAAUGGUAUAAUCAAUCAGCGUGAUACUCAGUAUUUAGAUCUAGUCUGGCAGUUCCAUAUAAUUUUAAAUCCUCCGUUUUUGUUUUUCUUUAAAAAUGUCUUGAUUCUAGUUAAUCUUAAACCGGUUUAAAGGGAAAUGAAUUUUAAUUUCAACUGAACAAAGAUACGCAUGCAGUAGAGAGGGAAGAGUGUGGCGAGAAAAAACCUAAGCAUUCAAUUGCCGGGUUGCGCGAGGAAAAUACUAUCAGCAAAGUGUUACAACAUUCUUGCUAAGUUUAUUUUCUCAUUAAGCCAAAAACUGCGAGCGAGACAUCCAUUUUCUUACGAUUUUAACUAGUACCCAAUGAUCGAAUAUUUCAUCAUUUCCUGUGACUACAUUGGUGGAUAAUUUUUAGUUUGCGUAGAUUUGCAGGUGAUUAUCACCAUUAUUUACAUAAGAAACGUCCAGAAAAUUCUAUGUUUGGUCUACUGAAAUUAGAAGUAGUGAUAACAUUUAUUAAAAUUCAAAUUCGUAUUUCGCAAAUUAACGUAUAAAUAUUUAACAGCGCCUAACGUUGAGUAUAUAUAUCAAAUUGUAUUCCUGCCUACUGCCAAUUGUUGGUUGAAAGGUAAAUAAACAUUAAACUUUAAAAUGGGCUGCAAUGCCUGAUAUUGGACUGCAAUACUUGAUAAAUCAUCACAAUAAAGAAUCAUUUCAACGAAACUCAGUGGGUUGAAGAAAUACUAUUAGCCAAAAGAAGAGAAGAGACGACGAAACUGUGUUGGAAGAUGGAUAACAAUACAGAAGCUGAUAAUAUCAACCAAACAAAUUGUUCUGUCGGCGUGUCAACAAUGUUCACAGUCACCCUCUCAAUGGUCAGCUUUUUAGCAAGCACAGGGAACCUUCUUGUGAUCGUAACUUUCAUGAAGAUGGUCACAUUGAAGACAAGUUCCAAUUACUUCAUAGUGAACAUGGCAAUUUCUGACCUAGUAUCUGUUGUCCUGGCUUGGCCGCUCUACGCGACAGAAGGCAUGUUGAAAGCUGGUGGAAGCCUCAUUGCGGACCCAAAACUCGCCAAAUUUGCUUGCAAAUUAGGAAUUUACUCGCGGGCAGUCUCGUAUGUGGUGUCAAUUCAGAGCUUGGUGUUAAUCGCCGUGGAUAGAUUCAUUGCAGUCGUAUUCCCGUUGAAAGCCCUUAACAUCACCACAAGGAUAAGAGCAGUUUUUCUUCUUCUGACCUGGGUUCUGUCUCUGUUGGGCUUAAUUCCAUACUUUGUUUACAGUGAAAUCGUUAAAGAAGAACAACAGACAUUUUGUAGAAACAGAAUGAGUGGCUUAGCGCUAAAAAUCUACCACCUCCUAGGUUUUGCAGUAUUCUAUUGUGCGCCACUGAUUUUAAUACUUGUCCUCUAUCAUCGCAUCAUGAAACAGUUAAGAAGACGAGCGAAGCUAGUUAACGGUAACAGAAGCAACAUACAUGCUAAGAGAGUUAAACAAAAUGAUAACAUUAUGAGGAUCUUUAGAUCGGUCACGCUGGGAUUUUUCGCUUGCUGGACACCUCUUUAUGUUUACUUGUUUCUAAAAAUACUAUAUCCAUCGAUAUUUAUGAAGGAUAAAUGUCUUUUAUUUGUGGGUUUUUUCUAUUACAUAUUUCCGUUGCUUAGUACAGCGUUAAAUCCGUUUAUCCUGAUUGCAUUCAGUUCAAACUAUCGGGCAGCUGUAAAAGACAUUAUGUGUUGGCUUAUUUGCCGUAAAUGUCAUACAGGACGUAUUUCACCUAUGGAAGAAAACGUGGAGCUUCAAAAUAGAUUUUGUAAUAAUGCCUCGUAAUCGUGACCGAAAGAGCUGACAAACCUGGCCUAACUUGAAGAGUAUUGUUGAGUAAAGUAUAAAUAGCCAUUUUCAUAAAAUAGGAUCAGGUUUAAUUACGCGUAAAGUUCCUUUCAAAUUGCACGCGAUCGCUCAGUGACUACAUCGUGAGACAAACGAUAACACACUUUAUCAAAGGAAAUAUACUUGAAAGACUCAGCUGUAUGUCUGAUAAAUAGGCAACAGAUUAUCAGUAAUCAUUAGAUUAUCAUUCUUAGGCUUGGUGGAAGACAUGUGUCGGAUGUUUUUCUAAAGUUCCACGCACGAUGCACAUGCAUAUACAUUAUGUACAUGUAAAUGUGAACUUUUUUAACUUCAGCAGCUGUUUCAAUGAGUUUCAUAUUAUCAUAUUACUACUUCCCCAA